AUUUUUUGUUUCUUUCUUCCUUUUGGUUCACACCCUUUUCAAAAGAUUCAAUUUUUCAUAGUGUAGUUGCACUAAAAAGCUGUUCUUGAUUGUGUUUUCAUGGUGGCAUUGAGGUAACCUGACUUGGGACUUGUUUCUUUCUUCUUUUGGUUCAUACCCUUUUCAAAAGAUUCAAUUUUUCAUUGUGGAGUUGCACUAAAAGGCUCUAUUUAACUGUAUUUUCAUGGUGGCAUUGAGGUAACCUUUCUUCUGGUGCACAGCUCGGAACUCGGUGGAUAAUUGGCACACCCCUUGACUCUUCUCCACUUAAAUACCAGGCUUUUUGUUACGUCCGCCUAACUCACAUAUCAGGCAUAGGCAUUGCACUCUUACCACUGAACCAAAGCCUCUAGGAGCAUUUCCAAUCUGAAGUCUAGAGGAAAGUUGUUAGCUCAGAUCUUGUCUAAAACUAUUUUUUUGUUCUUUUGGUGUUAAUCAUAGUUUAUUGGUAGUUUCCUGUGAUUUUUCAGUUAAGUUUUUUUUUUCUGUAUCAAGAUUGCUCUAGAUAGUUGAGAAAGAUCUAUAAUACUACAGUGUAGGUUCUUAAUAUCAUCUGGGAAAUCAGACUUAGCUUAUUCAGCUACUUUGAUAUCGAGAUUGAGGCAUAGUUAUUGUUGUUGUUGUUGUAACUGGAGGGGUCAUCUGAAAGAAGAAAUUCAAAAACUUGUCUUAAGAGUUUUAAUUUUUGUGGAGAAUUGGAGUCCAGUAUUUAGCAAUAGGCUCUUUAGGACGAUGGACUUGAGAACAAUGUCAUGGAUGCCUUUAGUUCUAGCAGUAGUUGUGUCCAUCUUUUUGAUUCAGGACUCGAAUGCUGCCUUCGUUCCUGCUGAUAACUACUUGCUCGCGUGUGGAUCAUCACAAAAUGUGACCUAUAUCGGCCAGACAUAUGUUCCUGAUUCGCUUCACUCUUCAGCUGCUUUAGAAAAUAAGGAAAAUUCUAUUGCUGCAACAUCCAAUUCUAGUGCUCCGUUUUCGAUCUAUCAGUCAGCCAGAAUUUUCCAUACUACGGCGUUUUACAAGUUUGAUAUUAAGCAAGAAGGCCACCAUUGGAUCCGUCUCUAUUUCUACCCUCUUCCAGGGCACAACUUAACGUCUGCCUCAAUGACAGUGGUCACGGAAAAUUUUGUUCUGUUGAACAAUUUCAGUUUCAAGAGCUAUAAUGGAUCAUACCUUUUUAAGGAAUACACGAUCAAUGCCAAUUCAGAUAGUUUGAUUCUUGCUUUGAUCCCUUCAAACAACUCCGUUGCAUUUAUCAGUGCCAUUGAAGUUGUAUCAGUACCUGAUGAGUUGAUCCCUGAUCAAGCAGUGGCUGUAUCUCCCGUAGCACCUUUCAGUGGCCUUUCUGGACUAGCCCUCGAAACUGUUUAUCGUCUAAACAUGGGUGGUCCUCAUCUCACUGCUCUGAACGACACCUUGGGAAGAACAUGGGAGAAUGAUGUGAAGUACCUUCACGUCAACAGCUCUGCGGUGAGUGUUUCAGUUAGCCCUUCAAGCAUAAAGUAUCCGGCUACUAUGACUCCUGAAAUAGCACCAAAUUGGGUUUACGCUACUGCUGAAACUAUGGGAGAUGCAAAUGUACCUAAUGUGAAUUUCAAUAUCACUUGGGUGUUCCCUGUUGAUCCGAACUUCAUGUACUUCAUCCGAGUACAUUUUUGUGAUAUUGUGAGUGAAUCUUUGAAUAGUCUUCUGUUCAACCUAUAUGUUAAUGAUGACGCUGCUCUAUUGGACCUAGACUUGUCAAACUUAGCUGGAAAUUUGGACGUACCGUUAUACAAGGAUUUCGUCUCCAAUUCCUCAGUAAACUCAAGUAUUCUGACAGUGAGUGUUGGUCCAGAUACGAGUGCGGAUUGGAUAAAUGCAAUUAUGAAUGGACUGGAAAUCAUGAAGAUUAGCAAUGAAGCUAGAAGCUUGAGUGGGGUUCAAUCUGUUGAGACUCUCUUUGUGUUGCCUCACAAAAAGAAAAAGAUAGGUUUAAUAUUUGGUUCUGCCUUAGGAGCAUCAGCUGUUUUGGCGCUUAUUGCGUUGUGUUGUUGCUUUUUUAUAGCUCGAAGAUCAAAGACUUCCAACCAAGGACACUCAUGGAUUCCGUCCUUGUAUGGAAACUCUUUAACUUUGACGAAAACAACAGCUUCUCGGGGAACAGCAAGCUGCAUCUCCUUGGCUUCACCGAAUGUUGGACGAUUUUUUAGUUUCCAAGAAAUAAUGGAUGCAACUAACAAAUUCGACGAGAACUUGCUUCUUGGUGUUGGUGGUUUUGGUAGGGUCUAUAAAGGAACAAUGGAAGAUGGAACUAAACUUGCUGUCAAAAGAGGAAACACAGGAUCUGAACAAGGUCUAGCUGAAUUUCAAACUGAGAUUGAAAUGUUGUCCAAACUUCGCCACCGUCACCUCGUGUCUUUGAUUGGUUAUUGCGAUGAGAGGUCGGAAAUGAUUCUUGUUUAUGAAUACAUGGCAAAUGGUCCUCUCAGAAGUCAUCUUUAUGGAACAGAUCUCCCGCCUCUCUCAUGGAAGCAGCGUCUUGAGAUUUGUAUCGGUGCUGCAAGGGGGCUGCAUUACCUCCAUACAGGUGCAACUCAGAGCAUCAUUCACCGCGAUGUCAAAACCACCAACAUACUUUUGGAUGAUAACUUUGUGGCUAAAGUUGCUGACUUUGGUCUUUCCAAAGCCGGACCGGCUCUUGAUCAGACACAUGUAAGUACUGCUGUGAAGGGUAGCUUUGGGUACCUUGAUCCUGAAUACUUCCGGAGGCAGCAGCUCACGGAGAAAUCAGAUGUCUACUCAUUUGGUGUUGUCCUAAUGGAAGUUCUCUGCACCAGACCAGCAUUGAAUCCGGUCCUUCCUCGUGAGCAAGUUAAUAUAGCUGAGUGGGCUAUGAUUUGGCAAAAGAAAGGCAUGUUGGAUCGGAUAAUGGACGAGAAUCUCAAGGGGCAGGUUAACCCAGCCUCCCUGAAAAAGUUCGGUGAGACAGCUGAAAAGUGUUUGGCUGAGUACGGAGUUGAUAGACCUUCAAUGGGAGAUGUGUUAUGGAAUCUAGAAUACGCUCUUCAGCUCGAAGAAGCCUCAUCAGCCUUGACAGAGCCUGAUGAUAACAGUACAAACCAUAUCCCUGGCAUACCAUUAACACCAGUUGAGCCAUUCGACAACAGUGUUAGCAAUAUCCAAGGUAUAGUUAACUCAGGAACAGAUGAUGAUGCAGGGGAUGCUGCUACUAGUUCCGUUUUCUCUCAGCUGGUAAAUCCGCGGGGAAGAUGAGAAGAAAUACUCCCUCGUAUACGUGCUUGAGUAUAGUAUUGAAUCAAAUUUUCCCUCUACUAAAAUGUUUUUGAGUGUGUAUUGUAUAUGAUUGAUGUACUAGCGUAUUCAUCGUUCAAAUACUGCAAGUUGCAGUAUUGUUUCCAUUGUUAGGUGAUACAUUGCCCUCUUUAUCUGAUAGAUAGUCAUGAAUAUGUAUUUGUAAAAGCACUAUAAUUGUAUCCAUUCAUAGAUAAUAAUUAUUAAGCAUAUGUUGCCAUCUCUUCUGUUUGUUACUC